AUGAGUACUGGCUGGAGCUUCCAACCCAACGGAAGAAGCGUCCAGGGGAAAAGAAGGGAGGAGCUGAAUUUUAUUAACAUUUUUGACAAAGGAGAAAUCCCCAAUUUUAGGGAAAAAAAUGGACAGAUCAGCAAUGGGCUGAAUUGCGGCCCCGCUGGGCGCAAGGCGUUGAUUCGAUGGAUAGAAUGUAAAGGCGAAACGAUUAGACAUGAAAAGAAAGAGACACAAAAAAUAGAAGAAAAAUUAAGACAUAAUUACCAAGUUAAAAAUGAAGAGGAGAACAGCUACCCCGCUUUGAGCGCGUGCAAGGUGUGGCAAAGGAGGCAGUCCUUCCAGGAUAAGACCCUCUCCGGUUUAGUGGAUUUCCUCAAGUUUCUGAGCAUUCCCAAGCAUGUAACAUACAGAACGGUGUUCGAUAAUUAUCUAUCCCCUAAGUUUGCAAAUAGGCUUAGUUCGACGGAGGCUUCGCAGAAGGGGCUGACCAAAUUGGCGAAGAAAAUGAUGCCCAUGUUCCAAGUGCGGGAAAUGCAGCCACUGUUUUCCAUUCUUCUGGACAAAAUAGACGUCAUACCUAUAGGGAUUCUUAAAACGUUGGUGGAGGAAACCCCGUCAGCUCAGUAUUUUUACGAAAUAGCCUCCACCAAAGUGAAGAGAAAGAUAUGGGUUCUAUGUCCCGAUAAGUUCUACGAAGAAGUUGAACCAAUUAUAGAAGAAAUUAUUUUAAGAAUUAAAAUAAAAAGCAGACACGAUGACACAGUAGUUGCUUUGGUUAGCAAACUUGUGGAGUUGAUAGGAAAUGAAAAGGAAAAUUUUUUUUUGUAUAAUUUGUGCGUGCACAUUGUGCGUUUAAAAUGGGUCCAGGUCAUUCUAUGUGAAAAAGAAAGUUUUGCCUCAGAUUGUGGUUCAGUAAGUAACGGUACUUCUCCCCCCGGUGGGGGUAUAGAAUGUAGAAGUGAUGCUGAAGAUAGCAAAAUAGAAUCUAAAGCAAAUUCCACUCCUGUUCCAUACGAAAGGAGCGAAUUUGUCGAUGAAAGAAAUUUAAGAGGUGGGUACAAAGAAAAUUGGGAUAACUUUAGUUACGUAAAUUUGGAUCCAUUUUAUCACCCCCACUUGUCUGGUAACCAUUUUGGAGACAAGCUGAAUAAUCUGCACUCUUGUUUUGACAAAAUUAUGCAUAAGGAGGAAAAUGUAAAAGGGCAAGAGGUAACUAACUCCGAUGGGACGAAGCCGUAUGUUAUAUCUCUCACUGGGUAUAGCCACUAUAGCACCUCUUUUCAUUAUUUGAAGAAGAGGAAGUUGGUUCAGGUAGGAGAGGGUGAAGAUAAUACUCCCAAAGGAGGGGGGACGAUCCCUUGGAAGAACUGUGAGAAGGAUGAAGGGAGCUUUUUCACAAGCACCAUGGAGGCAGGCACCCAAUUUAAGAACGAUAUGAAGAGGAGCUGGCCGAUAGACCUAGGAGGGAAAGACGCGAAAAGGAUAAAAAUCAACAUACACAAUUUUAAAAAGGAUAAGUUUUUUCCAAAUGGGUCUAACCCGAGUAGUGGAAAAAUGUACAACGAGGCGGGGGAUACUUCCACAGUUGGGGAGGACGAGGAUGGCAUUAUGCCCCCCAGUGGCGUCAAUAAGGAGAACACAGAAGGGAAUAUCCAUGUCAUCACAAACAACAAUCGCAGUAGCCACAGUAGUAGCAGCAGCAACGAUGGAGAAGACGGAGAUGGGAUGGACGGCAAAAAAAAAUGGCAGAAAGAAAAAGGUGCACAUAAAAUCAAGUACAAAACGAAUUGCAGUGAAAAUUAUCCCAAGAAAACGCUUCUACCUUUCGAUGGAAUGUUUUAUAGCCAUUUAAGGCUGCUCCUAUGUCUGCAGUAUAAAGAAAAAUAUAACAUAAAAGAUGAAGAGAUGGUGAAAGUAGACCCCUAUUUUCCUGUUAUCGAGUUUAUUAACCACCUCAUUAGGGAUGGCAUAUUAAAUUUUUCGGACCAAGUUAAGACACAAGAAGUAGUUAAAAUGGUCAAAAAUAGUCUGAGCAUAAAAAACGUGGAAGAUUUAUGUGAGUACUCUCUUCUUUUUAGUAACAUCCUAUUAAAGUUCUGCAUCAUUAAAGGUAUUUGUUUUUACUUCUACCGAAAUAACUUGGAAGUGGUUCCCUAUAAAAAUUGCAUGCUCUUUUGGACCUCCCUUUUUUACUUUGGCGUUUACAACAAUUUUUUUUCUUUAAUUAAGUAUGCGCUGGAUAAGGUGGAGUACAAGGAGAGGAAGAAAAGGUGCAGCCAAUAUUCUCACUUGAGACAGAGCUUGCUGGGGGAAGGCACUCAGUCCUGUGGGAACUUCCCUGGGGAGACUUCCAGAACGGGGGAUGUUGAAAGUGACUCUUGGGUUUCUUGGGAUGAGAAGAGGGAGAGCCUAUCGGGGAGAUCAGAUGAAUUAUCAGCUGAACUAUCACCUGAACUAUCACCUGAACUAUCACCCGAAUCAUCGGAGGGGGUAUUGCACGAAGAAGGAAAUGAGGCUAGUCUAACCGGCGAUGAUUAUGGAGAAUAUGAAGGAAGCAGGACAAGUGAAUAUUCGAAAGAGGUCGACGAGGAUGGAAGUAGUGAGGGGGUAGAAACGGUUGGCAGUAGUGUGCGGAGCGAUGAUGUCGGCAGUAUUGAGGAGGGUGUAGAGACUGGAAGUAGUAAUGUGAGUGAAGGGGUAGAAAUGACCGAACAGAGUGAAGAGCUUGAAGGGACAGCGCCAAGUGAAGAACUCGAGGGAACAAUGUCCAGUGAAGAACUCGAUGGAACAGAGCCAAGUGAGGAAAUAGAAGGGGCAACACCCACUGAGGAGAUAGAAGUGACAGCGACCAGUGAGGAGAUGGAAGGGACAGAGCCCAGUGAGGAAAUAGACGAGACAAUGCUCAGCGAAGAGGUUGACCAGACCGAGCAGGGUUCACCGACAGAAGAACCAGGCCCGGGUUACCCACGGGAGUACGGAAUUCCCCGUGAAGAGUACAAUAGCAGCGUUGAAUAUGGGGAGCAAUUUACCACAAACGGAAACGGGCAUUACGACAAUGUGGGUGAAUACCAAGGUCAUCUGGAGCGGUACGACGAAAGUGAAGUGCACAGUGGGGAAUCGAGCGAGGAGGGGAAGCGGAAGGAACAAGAGCGUGCAUAUACCAGGUACAGGGAGUACGAAUAUGGUGAGGGGGAUGAGGUCGAAGAGGACGAAAGCGACGGACAGGGUGAAGACGAAGAAAGCGAAGAACAAGUUGAAAAUGACGAAAGCGACGAAUAUGGAGCAGAUGACGAAGAAUCCCUCGGAGACGGCGAGGAGGAAACUUACAUCCAGCGCUACACGCGUUACCCCCACGGAGGGCGCAAGGGAAAAGCGCACGUGCUCCAGUUCAAAACCUGCAGUGACAACAACACGUACUUGGCGCAUGAGGAAGAAAGAAGCGAGAAGGACUAUUUCAAGUUAUAUUUCUACAGCGUGCGGAGUACACAAGAACCGAAGGAAGAGCACGCCAGCCAUGUUGGACAUACCAUCAGCGAAAUGAAAAGCAAAAAAAAGUAUAAACUGCUGGUGGACAAUUGUAAGGAUAGCUAUUUGAAGAUACCCCUAAUGAGCAUUUUAAAAUAUAUAGUAAUUUCGAAUAACGAACAAGACACCUUCCUGUCCUUUUUUGAUUUUUUCGAAGAAGAUACAAAAUUUGAAAACUUGAAAUCUGUGAAGGAAAAAAACAGCAUAUUGCUCUUAUCAGCUUUGUUGAAUAUUCCCCAAGUAAAUUAUAUGAAAAUAAAAAAUUUUUUCUCGAUCAUUCAUGAAUUUUUUUAUAUGGAAAAGAAAAAUUUACGAAGCGUACCCUUCGGUAAUGCUCCACCGAGGGAGGGUAACUCCAAUGCAGACGUUGCAAAUGGGAUAAGAAGGGUAGAGGAACAUAAAAAAUUACACACAUCCAGUGAACUGUUAAGCAACAGCAGCAUGUGGAGUGACGAAACUGGUAAAGUAGAUAGGGUGGGCAGUAAUAUGUGCACCUCCUCAAACGGUAUUAGUAGUUAUGCCAAUUGGGGGAUAACCAAAAGAGACGCAGAAAGGGAAGUGAUCAAUAGCAGGUUACCCCUUCCUAUUAGCAAUGAAUAUACAACCAUGUGUGAGAAAGACAGACGCGCGAACGAAUGGAGUGAAGACCAAACUAGCGUGUCGGAUGCAAGCAGUAUGAACAACAUGCCUGUGGUAGGGAGGGAAAAAAACACGUUUGAAAGUUUGAGAAAAAGUCUAAUAAGCCAAAUAAAUGAUAUGAACGGCGCAAAAAGUGGAAACCAAUUCUUAAUAAAUAAUAACAUAACGUCUAUAUGCGCUUACCUGAGGGAGGUGUGUGGUGACGAUGGAGCUGCCGGUGAAUCAUUUAACCCUCUUAGCCAAGUCGACGUGGAUAAUGCAACAAAUCCGCCAAUCGGAGCGAAAGUGAGCGAUACGAAAAAAAGUACACCUCCCUCAAUUAACCUGUUUUGCGAAAUAUCGAACGAGAUAGUGAGUACGUUAAACAAUUGCAACGGCGUCAGCACCAUGAACAAGUGUCUGCCUUAUAUUUUAAAAGUGUGUUCCCGAACUUUGCAUUUUUUAAAAAAAAAGAAGCUGAUAAAUAUUUACAUAAAAUACAUGUAUCUAUAUGAGUAUCUGUACCACAUGGUGCUGAACAGAAUGCUGCACAUUAGCACGAUGAAGAGUCUGCCCUUUUUGCAAAAUGUUAUCCUAAAGGAGUUGCAUUACUACUUUGAAGAUUUUAAAAAUAGGAAAGUGAAGAACCUGUGGAAGUUUUACCUCUACGCUCACACACUAAUUGAUAUAAACAAAAUGAACUUAAUUAACAAGCUGUUUCAUAACAAUGCCAUUGAUUAUUUUAUAAAGCUGUUUUACUCUCUGUCCUUUUACAACCCGGUCUUUUCGGUGCUUUUUUUGAAGCUCAUCCAGGUAGGCACAAUGAUCUGUCAGCGUUGA